UUCAUCUAAGUAGCCAUGUGAUACGCUCUGGGUUUAGUUUCGGUGAAUCCGUCCUAUCCUGUAGGACGUUCUUUCGUUUUAAAACUUUAUUCCAUUUUUUUUUUAUUUACAACUAAAUUCAAAUAGUUUUGAAGGCUGUCCAAUAAUCUGUCACAAAACCAUGGCUAUCAACGCCCGUAAAGCUUCUGGCCGCGAUGGUCCAAACCCGUUCGUUACCCGCAAAAUUAGCCGAAACCAAAGAAACGCUACCAAGCGGCCGGCACCGAAGGCACGACCGAGCAGGAGUCACCGUUCCACUUCGCUCAGGACGUAUCCGAAGCAGCGUUCACGCCGCUCCGUCCCGUCCAGCCCCUUCCGUCAUACGCGCGCAGCCAUAACGGAUCUGGACAUCCCGCUAGACAGUCGGCGGCCGGUCUUGAUCGAUGGCGAGAAUGUCGCUUACAACGACAUCUCGAGCGAAUACGUUGCCAACCGAAUCUACCAAGCGUACCAGUGGUUCGCCGCGAACGGUUACCGGGCGUUGGUACUUUGCCCAGACUAUCUGCUGGCGAAGCUAUCCGGGCAGACACCGCACAUGCCGAUCGAGCUCGUUACGGACAUUCCGGAUGAUAGAGGAAACCACGCGACGAACGUUGCAUUCGAGCUGACGCUGCUGCAACGCGCUGCGGACGAACAGGCGGCGAUCGUGUCGGAACGUUCGUUUGCUAGCAGCUACCACAGCCAUAUUGACGUUGUGCAGAACCGCGUGGUCGGUUUCACCUUCUUCCGGGAGUCGAUCUUUAUCCCGGUCGAUCCGUACGGUCGCGCAGGUCCCUGGUUGCGAGAAAUUCUACGCAAAUGAAAUUCUUCUUUCAAACUCGCGCACACAAAUGAAAUAUAAAAGCUCAACCAAAUUA